GUUAGCAUCGAGCUAUUAUAAUGGCAUCACUAACUAAAAAACUAACGAAAAAGUUAAACCGCGCGCCCAAAGCCCCUAAAGUUCCAAAAGUGCAAAUUCUACAGUCGAUGCUAAUAAAAGCACCGACUACGUCGUCGACGAAGACGUACACCACCACCGAAAAACCGCCGUCAAAGCCAUCUGGGGUGUUAACCCAGAUGGAUCCGGUUCCGCCGCCCCAGGGAUUACCACUCUUGGACGAUAAUCUGAGUGUAAUAACAAUACACUCAGAUAAUUCGACAUUUGCAACCGGGAAUAUGGGCGAAAAUUUCGAGCUGGAUAUGCUUCUGGCUCAGUUGGAAGGGGAUCCGGCGGCAGAUUUUCUUUUCGAGCCAGCUCGCAUAGUACCGACGCCCACCUUGAGCGCCGAAGCCAUGCGGUCGCCUACACCGCCACCACAGCUACCACCACUACAGCUACAUCUUCCACCACCGCCACCACCACCCCUACCAGCAGCAACACCGGUUCCUGCUCCUCCUCCACCGGCAGAAUCCGGCCGUGAAGCGGGAAAAAAACGAUCUCACAGCCAUGACCACGCCCCUUCGACGAGCGGAAUCAAAAAAAGGGGGAAAAAUUUGGGGGACAUGAUGCAUAUGGUCGACCUGGAGGAGGGGUACCGCCCCGAAAGACCAUCACCGCCACAACCACCUCAGUCGUCACAACAAGAGGGGGGGUCGCUUCAACCAAAGACCCCCAGGGAGCUAGCCCUAACCACCUACAGCAGCUUAAAGCAAAUGGAGCCGGUGUACCGGGCCAAGCUGCUGGAGGCGCGAGUGAAGACGGCUGAGUUGGAGCGGCAGCUAGAGGCGGCAAAGGCGGACGAAAAGCGUCUGGAAAAGGAUGAGACAGCCGCGGGGGACCGCGCGGCCGCGGCGGUGCAGCAGCCGCGCGGAGCGCGCGCGGGCAGCCUUCAUCCUAAUAAAGGUGAUGGUGUUUCAGACGAACUCCGCGGAUACAUAUGA